GGCGCGUCUCGGUGGUGCGCGGCGGCGAAGGCGGUGCUUCCGCUUCCGGGUCCGCUUCCGGGUCCGGCGCGGCCCCGCGUGCGCACGGGGCGAUGCGGCCGCUGACGGAGGCGGAGACGCGCGCGGUGUUCGAGAAGCUCGGGAGAUACAUUGGCGAGAACAUCCAGCUGCUGGUGGACCGGCCCGAUGGCACCUACUGCUUCCGCCUGCACCGGGACCGUGUCUACUACGUGAGCGAGAAGCUGCUGAAGGUGGCCACGAGCGUCCCCCGCGACAGCCUGGUCGCGCUGGGCACCUGCUUCGGGAAGUUCACCAAGACGCAGAAGUUCCGGCUCAGCGUCACGGCGCUGGAUUUCCUCGCACCCUACGCCAAGUACAAGGUGUGGGUGAAGCCUGGCUCCGAGCAGUCCUUCCUCUACGGCAACCACGUGCUGAAGUCGGGCCUGGGCCGCAUCACAGAGAACACGGCCCAGUACCAGGGCGUGGUGGUGUACUCCAUGGCCGACGUCCCGCUGGGAUUUGGGGUGGCCGCGAAGUCCACCCAGGACUGCAGGAAGGUGGACCCCAUGGCGAUCGUGGUGUUCCACCAGGCCGACGUCGGGGAGUACGUGCGGAGCGAGGACACGCUGACUUAGCGGAGCUGCGCGCUCCGGAAACGCGAGCAACUCUGGGCAGAACGGACCUUGUCCCGCAGCGUCUGCGCACCGCCGGCACGGGGGCAGCAGGGAGCAGGCCCUGCGCAGGGUGGCAGGGGCAGCGGCACUGCCCCGCGCCUGCCCCCGCGAGCAGCUGCUCCCCAGAGCGGCUGCUCUGGUGCUGUGAUUGUAUAAAGCCGUUUCCCUCUUUCGUAAA